AUAGACGGAUCCUAGCUAAACGUGGCCAUUAAAUAACUUUUUAUUCAGACUAUUGCUAUUCUCUUGCUUUUUUGUGUUUUUGUUUCCCAGUUAGGCUUGCUUCGCCGUUAUAUGAGAACUCUGUCCAUUUCUCAAUCAACACAAUUGUCGUGACUACUCAUCUAGGUUGCCGACGAUGACGAGAUGAAUAAACGACUUCAGAGCUUUAUCCAGUCUGAUUAUGCUACAGGUGGAAUGGCCGUUCUGAAUUUCAACGAUUUGUUGCUGGCUUCACAUAACUGCUAUCAAAUAUGGGUGAACACUCACGAUGCUGCCUUAGUCCAAGCGAUGGACCUAACAUACCCUGGCCCACGUCCGUUGUGCGCCUUCUUGACUUGGUUGAAGCAGCAGCGCGAUGAGUGGGUCAAGAUCGAUGGCUUACAAUGGCUGCCAAAAGUGCCGGUAACCAGCAUCGGCUACGGGCUUUUGUAUCAAGCGAUAUUCUUCUUCUUAUGGCACGUAGGUGUGGAUUGAAAAAAUCAAGUCGAUCUCCAAAAAGAGUAAGUACGUAGUUGCUGAUAGAUCAUGAAGAUGAACGAUGAUGUUGAUGCAAGGAUAGUUUAUUUCGAAGAACAUCACUUGACACCUGGGUACUGGUAUUUUGUUGUUUCACCAAUAAGCAAAACUAUAUUUUUAACCAAGGCCAGCAAUGGCAAUGUAGAUGUACAUUUCUGGAAUACGAACACCGCUCACCUUCUUUUCAUCUUAAAUAGACUCUGUGCUCUUCGUAGAUUCUACCAGGCUUUGCGCUCUUCCUAGAUUCUAGGCCUAGCGCUCUUCCUUCUAACCUGUGUUUUCACAACGGUUGUCGGCAAUAUCUUUGUUGUGUGGUUGAUUCAGG